CUCACUCUCUUAUCGCUGUCACGCACGACGCACGAUUCACUCAUUUCCGAUACACGACGAUUAACGUACAUGUUUAAUGCCAUACAGGACGCCCUAGACGACCUCGCCUCGUUCCGCUCUUCGACGGCACGGCAAGGUCGGGCUCUGGACACCCUCGAACGCCUUCUUGCAGAUAUUUGCGUACCGAAGGACGCCAAGUCCGCUGCCGCCCUGCAGUCAUUCGUUUCCCUGCAGGACUCUUUCCAAUGCAAUGUGCCGUCCAGGAUACUUCCAUGGAUUGCGGACCGGUCGUCACGUCUUGAUUCGCUGUCGAGCAAGGGCUCCGUUGCCCAGGAGCACUUACCUGAAGCCACCGCGCUCUCUUCGCAAAUCAUACAAUCCCUCACCAUCCUGCAAGGCAUUAUUCUGAACCAUAGCCCGAGCAAGCAGUUCCUGGGUCGCCGCUUUGCACUCGAGGUCCUCAUCAACCUCCUUCUUGUUUCACGACACGUUACGCCGGCCCAAGUCACGAAGAGCGAAGACGAAGCUGAGCGGGCGGAUCUGUCCCUCGUGACGCUAGCCACAGCCGUUUUAGACACGCUGCUUUGCAUCAUGGUGGACUCUUCGCCCGCCUUGCGCGCAUUCGAGGAGGCCAACGGCGUCCGUGCAGUUGUCCGCAUCCUGAAGCGUGCAGGCACGCCCAGGGAGACUCGGAUGAAAUGCCUCGAAUUCCUAUACUUUUAUUUGUUAGACGAAACCGACAAAGACACCCAGAGCGAUGACACCCACGUAGCUACUGUCCCAAACUCGCCGAUCAGUAGCGGGCACAGUCGCAACGCGCUCUCUGCAUCGCAAAUGAGCGACUCCUCUGUUGGGUCAGACGUCUCGUCAUCGUCGGCCUGGUCACACGUCUCCACUUCAACAACGGCAACGACAGCCUCUGCAACGUCCCACAAAUCUUCUGCGUCAGACAAAUCCGAGCUUACCCCUUCGCCCCCCAUGCGUUCCGGUCACAGGAAAGCACUCUCUCGUGAGAUGUCCGAGAUCACAUCGCGCCCGUUCGCUUUCCCUCCCAAGGGGCUCGACUUUACCCCACAGACACCGGCGGGCAAGAGCGUCCUCACCCCGCUCAGUCCUAACACACCGCGUCCUACGGUACGGCUGAGGCAGCACAGCAGCGGGAACUCCGUCGUCGCGGGAGAAGAACGGUCAAGCGAACGAAAGACUCCCAAAAGGCUGCCGCUGCGCGUGACGAAUCCCGGAGAGACGAGGCAUAGCGACCCAAGCACUCCUGUGCCUCUCCUACCUGCGAGGGGCCGUCGACGCGCGCAGACCGUGAGUGCGUCGUCGGAAAGGGCCCAAUCUGCUCCUAUCUUGCCGAAGUCGCCAGGUACUGAUCGCACAGACCCGAUGGAUAUUAUCACGCCAUCGACGACAGGGAAUGUGGAUGUUUUCUCUGCAGCGCGUCGACCCGGAGUAAAGACAAUGGAUGAGAAGAAGGCGAUCCUCGGAAGUAUGAUGGGGAACGUCGAUACGCUCGUCGAAGGUGUGAGGAGAGCUGGGAUCUGGGGACUCGGCUGAAGUAAGUUAUUGGACGACGCACCGUGAAGGCAGGUAUAUUCCGUGCAUCACCUCUCUGUCUUGUUAUUUCUUUCCUCACUCGAUAUUUUCGCCCUUCAUACCCUUUGUCACAUCGCUCUGCUCACAAUCAUUCCUCAUACCCUCUCCCACAUCGGACUCGCUAUCUAAAUAGACACGCACUUCUCUCUUGUUGUUGUCCUCCAGUGUCUUCGUAUCGCUAUUAUCUCCUCGCUCUUCCCGCUCUUGCUCCCCUACUGUUGUACCCAUCUCUUCUUUCAGCCUCC